ACAACGGCCAUGUUGGUGCGACAACUGGAAGGCCAAAAGAACAAGGAAUAACGCUAUUCCCCGUAUUUUAUUUACAUUUUCACAAUCAUCGACCAAACGACCGAAGCGACCUUUUUUUUUAAAGGAAAAAAGACCCAAGUCGAAAGACCAAAAACACGAGUUUUCUUCACAAUUCUGUCAUGACAAAGAAUCGGACUUUUGCCACACGAAAAUGCUAACUUACGUUAGCUUAGCCUGCGUUGUAUUUUAUUUUUUUUGGUAACGUUUGUGUUUGAAAAAACAAAAAUGAAAACGGCGUUUUUUAAGACAAUAUUAGCUUGACGGCUAAAGAUAGCAUGCUAACCUAGCUAACAGAACAAAGGCUAAGCUAACGGCUAAAGUCGUCGAAAUGAAUUUUGGGUCCACUUUACGCUUGUCGUAUUACCCAGUUACUACCGCUUCAAUUUUAAAAGUUUCUUUAAAAAAAGCAUUUUUUAUUAUGACGAUUUUCGAUUUCAUUGAAGCUAAUAAUAUCCGUUUAAAUUACUUCAUCCGUUGACAAGCUAGGGCUAGCCGACGUAACUGCGCAUUUAAAAAAUCAUGUCUAACAUGGCGAGAUGUAGCUCGUUAAAACCACCAGAAGAUGGUGAGCUGGAGGAGGGCGAGCUCGAGGACGACGGAGGAGAAGCAGAGGAGGAAAUAGGCGGAGGUGCGUCCGCGACAGCCGGAGAUGGAGGCGAAGAUGGAGGAGGAGCCGCGGAGGCAGGUGGCGAGGGGACGACGGAGCGGCUGCGGCACAGCCGGGAAAGACACCCCAGCAGCAACUCUGAUGAUGAGAGAUCGCACCGCCGCAAGAGGAAGCGGAAGAAGGAGAGAGAGCGGGAACGGGAGAAGAGGAGGGCCAAGAAGAAACGCAAAUCCAAACACAAACGCCACGCAUCGUCCGACGAUGACCACUCGGACCUUAGCGACGAUUCGGACUACAGUCCCAGCGAGAAGAGGAAGUAUCGCGAGUACAGCCCCCCGUACCCGCCCCCCUCUCACGGAGGAUACGGCAGCGCCAAGAAAGGCGUGUACGUGAAGAUGGACAAGCAGAGCUACGGCGGCUACGAUGACUAUGACGACGACAACUAUGAGGGAGAAGAAGACGAAGACAUGGGGGAGGAAGACUACGAUGACUUCACCAAGGAGCUGAACCAGUACCGCAAGGCCAAGGAAGGUGGCGGCGGACGUGGCGGUCGAGGAGGCAGGGGCAGAAUGAGGAGCCUGAGGGGACGCGGAGCGCUGAGGGGAGGGAGGAGGGGCCGGGGAGGAGGCCGAGGUCGAGGAGGCCGGAUGGGAGGAGGGAAGAUGGGCGGAGACGACGAUGCAGACGGUUACCGAGACGACAUGGAGUACGGAGACGACGACUACGACAACAUGGGAGACGAAGACUACGACGACUACACCAAAGAGCUCAGCCAUUACAAGAAGUCCAGAGGCAGAGGCGGGAAGGGCCCCCGCGGACGUGGCAGAGGUAAAGGAGGGCGGGGAAUGAUGAGAGGAGGAAAAGGUCGCAACAGAGGCAGAGGGAGGGGCGACAUGGGCAACGACGACGACAACAACGGAGACAUGGACAACGGGAACGACGGAGGUGAAGGACCAGGAGGUGGGAGGAGGAGUCAGAACGAAAAACACCAGGACAAGAAAGGAAAAGCCAUCUGCAAGUACUACAUCGAGGGCAGAUGCACCUGGGGGGACCACUGCAACUUCAGCCACGACGUGGAGCUGCCGAAGAAGAAGGAGCUCUGCAAGUUCUACAUCACGGGGUUCUGCGCCCGGGCCGACCACUGUCCCUACAUGCAUGGCGAGUUCCCCUGUAAGCUGUUCCACACCACCGGGAACUGCGUGAACGGAGACGAGUGCAUGUUCUCCCACGAGGCGCUCAACGACGACACCCAGGAGCUGCUUGACAAGAUGCUGGCGGAGGACGCAGAGGCCGGAGCCGAGGAUGAGAAGGAGGUGGAGGAGCUGAAGAAGCAGGGCAUCAACCCCCUCCCUAAGCCCCCCCCUGGAGUCGGCCUCCUCCCGACGCCCCCCCGACCCAUUCCCAUGGACACCGGCCCUGGGUUGGGCGACUUUGGGUGUCAUCCUGGACCUAAUCAGGUUUCCAUGGUGACCAAAGGUCCUCCCGUCUCUGUGGCCCCCCCCAUUCCAAACCAGAGCACCGGGCCGCCUAUCCUAUGCCCUGAUGGGGGUCCAUUCCAGGGGGGGCCGCCCCCAAACCCUGCUGGGCCUCCGCCCCACAUGGGACCCCCUCCUCCAGGUGGGGGGGAGAGCUGUGGGGGGAAGAAGAUUCCCUCGCUGUUCGACAUCAAAGUCCAGCCGACGGGUCAGCUGGCCCAGAAACUCGCCGUCAGAAGCCAGUCCCCCAGUGGCUCUCAGGCCCAAACCGCACCUCCUGGACCCCAGGCACCCCCUGGUGCUGCCCCCAACCGCUACCCUGCUCCUCCAGGGAUGAUGUCUCCUGACAUGCAGAGCCAAGGCCCCCCCAGCAUGGGGCCAGGUGGAGCCCCCGUGAUGGGGGGCCCCCCGCACGGCGGCGCGGCCCCCCCAGGCCCUCAUCAGGGAGGGGGGAACUUCUACAACAACUUCUACAACCAGCAGGAGGGCAUGAACAUGGAGGGAGCGGCUCCAGAAGGAGAAAACUUCCAGAGUUUCCCCGACGACGCCGGAACGUUCAGCAGUGCGCCGGGCGGCCCGGACACCUCCGCCAACGGAGCCUCAGCCGGCCAGGGAGGCAUCUCCGUGCCGGACUUCCUGCCCCCCACGCAGCGCGUCCUGUUCAUGAGGAUCCAGCAGAAGCAGCAGGAGGAGGAGCGGGCCCGCAGGAUGGCGGAGGGCGGGGCAGAGAGGAGCAAAGACCUGGAAGGCGAUUCCGGUAACUGGUACUCCAGCGAGGACGAGGACGGCGGCGGCAGUGUCACCUCCAUCCUGAAGACUCUGCGUCAGCAGACCCAGGCUCCUCAGAAACCCGAAGGAGCUCCGAGCGACCCGCGUUUCCAGAAGGCUCCGCCUCCCAACCCCCCAUCUCGCCCCGCCGACCCCCGCUUAGCUCGAGACCCGCGGCUGGCGCGCGCCGUGGACGCGGCGCCGCUAUCUGUCCCCUCCCUGUCCUCCUCCGGCCCGCCCGCGGACCCCAGGCUGGCCCGGCUGGCCGCCGUCGCGUCCCGCUCGCCCCCCACCACCAAGCCCGAGCCCCCCCUGGUGUACAAGCCCCCGCCCCUCACGGUGCCGGCGGCAGAGGAGGAGGAGACGGAGCGGGUCCUGCGGGACAAGCCGGUGCCGAUUCCUCUGGACCCGCUGAUGGGGAUGGCGCUGCGGGACCCCCGCUCACAGCUGCAGCAGUUCAGCCACAUCAAGAAGGACCUGCUGCUCCACCUGCCGGCCUUCGCCAACGCCGUCACCUGGUCCCCCGAAGACCUGCUGCCCCUCCCCCCACCCAAGCAGGACCUGCUCCCGCUGCCGCCGGGCAUCCCCCCAGUAUCCUCGCUGGACUCCCGGCUGCCUCGCAGCCAGCCGCCGAUCCACACGCCGCCUCUGCAGCCCCCACCCCCGUCAGACCCCCCCUCGAACUCCUCCCUCCCAAACUUUGAGCUUCUCUCUCGUAUCCUGAAGACCGUCAACUCCGGCACCUCCCAGGCACCCUCCCCUCCCGCCCCCAUGUCACUGCUCGCUCAGAGCCCCCCCCGAGCUCCUGCCCCCACAGAAAAGCCAGUGGACCCCCGCGUUGCCCGGAAAGCCCCUUCUGACCCCCGCCUUCAGCCACAGAAGUCGACGCUUAAGCAGCCGUCGGAACCGACACCCCCGCCCCUCCCCUUAGCGCCUGCGGGAACAGCAGCGGGCUCCUCCCCGCCCGCCAUCGCCCCCUACGACCCCCGGUUGCUGUCCUCAGGGGGCGCGGGGCGCAGUGUGGGUCCUGGGACACCAGGGGGGGCCAGUGUGCUGAGCAGCAUCAGCCUGUAUGACCCAAGGACUAACAAGCCGGGCAGUCCCAGCAGCUCCAACAACUCCCCCAACUCGUCCGGCGCAGAGUCCAAAGCCGCCGACCCCCCUGCAGGAAAAUCCAAACCCAAGGAGCCCCUGUUUGUCCGGAAAUCCGCUCUGGAUCAGCCGGAACCGGAGAAGAGCGGCGAGCAAGGAACCGACCGCUACAACAGCUACAACCGCCCGCGGCCCAAGCCCGCCCUGUCACCAAACUCCGCGCUGCAGGGGGGCCCUGCAGCGGCUGGGGGGGCAGCGCAGAGCACGGCGGGAGGCGCGGCGGAGCAGGGCCCAGCAGCCGUGCACAACCUGCCCGUGUCCGCCCUGUUCGCCGGCGUCAAACAGGCCACCAAGCCCGGUGGCACCAGCAGCCCGGCGCAGACCGAGCAGGCGACCGCCGAGCAGGACGCCGCCUCCCUGAAGGAGGUGUUCAAAGGCUUCGACCCAACCGCCUCCCCCUUCUGCCAGUGACCCCCUCCCCCUCCCCCAAUGUACAGAUCCUGAGAUCUCUAUUUUAAACGGAUUUAUUCAAACUGCAGAACUUCAGAUCAUCCCUGACUUUUAGCUCCUCCCCCUCUGCUUCUGUCAUCUCAGUGUUCAGGAAGUUUGUUUAAAAAUCUAACUUUUGUUUUUUCCAUGUUCAAAUUUCAAAACACAAAUGUUUUUUCUUUCUUUCCUUUUUUUAGUAUUUAUUUUUCUAUUCCUCCUUUGCACUGUUUUUUUCAUUUUUAGAGCAGACCCCCCCCCCCCCCUCCCCCCUCCCAUGAGCUGCUUCUGCGAGUUUCUGCGACAUCGAAGAGUUUUAUUGUUAGAUCAGAGAGCUGCGGGUCGAAGCUCCCACUCCCUUUUUCAUCCUGAUCACAACUCUGCUGUUCCGCCAACAUUUUCAAUCAAUCUGGCCGGGCGUCGCCAUGGCGACUCCUCUGACCUCACGUUAACGUUUUUCUGGAGGAUCUGCGACGUUUUCAGCUGGAGAGGAGAAGGUUUCCCGGCGGCAGAAGGGCAGCUCUCGGUUUCUGUACAAAUGUUCUUUAUUCUUAAUUUAUUAUUUUUAUACUUUAUUUUUUCUGAACUUGUGGAUGCAGGAAUCCUCCGCCUGAGCGAAGAGAAACGAAAAAACAAAUCGGAACAGUUAUUGUUGAUUUUUUUGUACAUUAGUUUUCCUCACUUUGUAAAUGAUCUCCGGGGAGUUUUCUAACUGUUCACUGUCGGUGAGGCUGCAAGUAUUUAAAUAAAAGUUGAUUCAUGAUCAACACGUUUAAGAAAAGGAAAGCGUUUUUCACAAUUUACAUUUGUUCUCUCUGUUGUGUGAUUUAAUUAUUCAAUAAAUAGAUCUACAUUUUACAGAAAA